AUGGCAAACCUCUGCAGUGAAAAUGAGAGAGCCAAAGCUAUUUUCCGACGGCUGUCGGCAGUCAGUCCUCUGGUGUCGGCGGAGCGCGGACACAGAGACGCGGGCGGGAUGUCGUCGCGGCUCUCCUUCUCUCAGUACCGCUUAGAGGCAGAGGUCGAGCGCUGCCGCGCGGAGUGUCAGUGGGACAAGAUACCGUCUUUACUGGAGCAGCUCGCUGCCGCGCGCCUGCAUGACGACGAUGAUUACAGGACGCUGCUGCUGGCAGAAGCUCUGUUGGAGGAAUGUCUGCUGGAGAACAUGACCCUGCUGAAGAAUUCUACGUUUCUGACUGAACAAUCACAGCCCAAACUAGCCCGAGCCAGAGCUCACCUCGACAGCAUCCUUAGCAGAGGACGCCUGGAGCCACACUACCUGAAUGAAGCUCUGCUCCUGCUGGCUAAAGUGCACUAUGUUCAGGGACGCUACAGGGACGCCCAGGGCAUGUGUGCCAGAGCAGGUGUGGAUGAUUUCACCCGCCACGAGAAGCCUGUCUACCAACUACGCAUGCUGGCAGAGGCCUUUGUCAUCAAAGGUUUGUCUUUGGACCAUCAGUCUAUGUCAGGUGCUUCCCGUGUUAGACUGUCCGAGAGAGAGGAAGAGUGCCUGUCCUGUUACCUCAUGGCCUGUGAUGCUGGCCUGCUGUACCUGCAAGAGCUUGACAAGACUGUUUGCACGCCAAGUUCCAAAACAGCUAAAAGCGGUUCAUCAGUCCCAAAUUUUGACUUGGACCCAGGCUUCUUCCUGCAGGCAGCUCUUCAGAGUGCAUACCUGUCGCUACUGAGAAAAGGUCACUUGGCUCAGGGAACUCAGCAUCUGCGGCGGGUCAUGAGGGCUGUGGAGAGUCGGGGCUCUCAGAGUUUUCGUAAGACAGUAGCGCGCAGACUUGCAGAAGUGUUGCUGGGCUCAGUGUGUGAGGAAGCGUACUGGGGUCCACUGUCUCCUCCACCACCCGGCUGGCUGAAGAGAGAAGGAGCCACACACCCCAAAGACGCCAUCUACCCCUCGUCCGGACCACCACAGCGCUACAACACUGAGGGAGCUUUCUGUCCACAGGACGUGGUUGAAGAGGCGGUGCUGGUGCUCCUCAUCACAGAAUCAAUGGCCAGUGGCGAGGCGGUGAUCAGCCGCACACCGGAGCAUCAGGAGGCGAGGGAGAGCAGCAUGCAGGACGCCUCCUCUGUCUAUGACCUGCUGAGCAUCGCCAUGGCCAGGAGGGGGCAGUACGCCAUGCUGUCAGAGUGUUUGGAGCGGGCCAUGAAGUUCUCCUAUAAUGAGUUUCAUCUUUGGUACCAGCUUGGCUUGUCUUUGAUGGCAAGUGGGAAGAACGAGGGUGCAGUGUCAGUGCUUAAAGAGUGUGUAGCAAUGAAACCACAGGACCCCAUCCCACCUCUGCUUGCAGCAAAAGUGUGCAUCAACCAGCUGCACUGGCUGGAGGAUGCAGUGUUCCUCUCAGCAGGUGUGGUUGCUUUAGGAGGGGGUGCAGGAGAGUCCCUUCCUCGAGCUCAUCUGGCCAUCGGACUGUGCCGUAGUCUGCAGGCCUCUGACGCUACGCUGAAAGCUGAUCGUGAUGAGUUCAACAGAAGAGCGCUGCAGUCACUACGGAAGGCACAUGCACUGGACCCUGGGGACCCUCAGAUCUCCUUCUACCUCUCUCUGCAGCUCGCUCUGGUCCGACAGGUGUCAGAAGCGAUGGAGCCAUUGCAGUCAGCUCUGAAUAUUCGUGGGGAUGAUCUCCACUCUCUACAUCUGCUGACUCUACUGCUCAGUGCCCAGAAACACUACCAACACGCCCUUGAUACGCUUAAACUCACCAUUAACCAGCACCCGGACAACUUUAAUCUUCUCUUCACCAAAGUGAAGCUGGAGGAGGUUUUGUUCGGACCCGCUGCAGCGUUACAGACCUGUGCAGAAAUGCUGCAGCUGUGGCAGAGCCGCUAUGAUCUGACCCGCCUCAGUGAGGAGGAUGACACUAGCAGCAUACCUCCUGAUCCCGGGCCGCUGAGCAAGAAACCCAGUGGCCUCCAUCUCACGCUCCCAGACUUCCAGGAGACAGAGACCGGGUCUCACAGCGCCCCGUCUCUAGCUGUGUCCCGUCUGGAGCAGGCCAUGUCAGAGGUGUCGGCCAUCAGCUCCGCCCACAGACACGGCCCCGCCUACAUCUGGACAACCCUGGAACGCAUCUGGCUGCAAGCAGGAGAGUUGUUCAUGGCUGACGGGCGGAUGAAGGAAGCUCAGUUCUGUGUGCAGGAGGCAGGAACUCUCUUCCCCGCCUCACACUCAGUGCUGCUGCUCAAGGGCCGCGUGGCCGAGCUCAGGGCCAACGACACGGAGGCCAAGAGCCUGUAUGAUGAAGCUCUCGCCAUCAACCCCAGAGGACACCAGAUACUGCUGCAGCUGGGGAAGUUGUUGGUGCGCACAGGCCGCGUGGGUCUCGGGGAGAAGAUGCUGAGGGACGCGAUACAGGUGGAGAACACGGCUCACGAGGCCUGGAGCUGUCUAGGGGAGGCGCUGCAGAGCAGAGGCAGCGCACAGGCUCCCGACUGCUUCCUCACGGCAUUAGAGCUGGAGUCCAGCUGCCCUAUACGGCCCUUCACCAUCAUCCCACGAGAACUCUGACACGUCUCUCACACUCAUACACGUGUGUAUGAAUGACUAGAGCGAAUGCUGUUCUUCAAUCACUUUAAUGACACAUACUGUAUAACAAUAACUUUUAGAACAUUUAGGCUUUUUACUAAUGAAAGGGAAUGGUCUAAAGGUGUGGUCACAUUAGUGAAAUAUCAGCAAAAUUUUGGGGGUAAAAACGGUAUAAAGCAUUGAUCACCCAGAUAUCUUUUUCAAAUCAAGCUCUGGGAAUUCGUAUGACCAACUCGAAUAUGAGCAGAAACUGGGUAGGGAACUUUUUCGACUUUGCAUGAAACUCAUGUGAAAAUGACUGGAUUUCGCCUGCAAAAUGCACUAAGCAACUGUAUAUGUGACCACUCAUUAAUUCAGUAGCUAAAUUACAUUAGCACAAUUACAUUAGCUAAUUUUAAUGGGCGU